GUUUCAAGCUGAACUCGUUACGAACGAGUUUGUGCAUUGGCCAGAGAAUUUCCAAGUCCCAUGAAACUUCGUCGCCGGAGUUUCGAGCAACAAUGUUAAUCGCGACGAUGCGAAGUAACGUGACCGGGACACCGUGACCCGGGUCCACGGUGUGUUGUGCAUUUCGUCCUGAUUGUCAGCGAGAAAAUAUAGUAUCUUAUCUUAUUUGGCGAUCUCGUUUUAUAGUUAUCUGGAUCGAGUUCAACGGGAAUCGUCAAUUUUCUUUUAUUGCAGACUACGACACCACUCCAUUCUAGUGGCUUUUCUUUCGAUAAUUUCCUCCGACAGAAGUUUGUCUUUACAGGUUUAUUGACAAAUUACGCUGUUUCUUAGAUUUCGUCGUUUCUUUCUUCGUAUUUUUUUCUUCCUUCUUUUUUAAUGGGAUCCAAGUGUUGUCCUCAAAUUGAACUCCCGUUCUUUAUAGACCAUAAACCACUUUACAAAGAAUAUCGACAGGCAUGCUCGAUUUCUCCGUACCAUUGUUUGCAGUGGGUACAGCUUGCUAUCUCGAUUGACGUUGUUUAUCGGUGGGAAAAGUUUGCACGUGCUUUUCGCACGUACGAUACUCUAGUUAAAUUCAAUCGAUUGGGGAAUACCUAUGAGAUUUUAGCCCGAGUUUCAUCGAGGUUUUUUCAUGGAAAUCCGGCUUACUUAACUUAUUUAACAACUAUUUGAAAAUACGCAGUAGAAUGUGCUCGUUAAUAAAUCGUCGUUAUCCUUGAACGAAGGAAGCCACGGAUUAUUAUUGCAACGAGAUUACGAUCGAGCGAGCUCAGUUCAGUUAUAUUCUUUGAAUCGUCAACACGUACUGGCAACAAGAGUUUGGUUGAUGCAAGAACAUUGACACGCUGUGUUGAUGACUCACGAUGCCUGUUUUUAUUGUGUCUGCUCUCUUUGUGGUUUCAUUCGUGCACCGUGACUUGGAUCUGCUACGUAAGAAUUACUAAUCUUCCGGAUCAACAUCUGAGCGGACGCAUCCGUGACACCGGCCAGUGCAGGACAGGAUCAGGAGGAGCAGCACCCCGCCUAUUUCCAAGGAUUACCACGUUUCUCGAGGAUGGGCUGUUGCUGCUGCACGGACGAGCCAUCGUCCAAGGUGGAGCCUGGGACACCGGAAAACGAAGGGAUGUCGUCGAGGCACUCGGACCAGAUUUUCGUCACCGAUCGAUCCUGCACUGAUAUCCUCACUUUGAUCAUUCUGAUCGGUCUGAUCAUCGGUUUUGGUUUCCUGUUGAGCAUCGUUGUUCAGAAAGGAGACGUUUACCGCAUUAUAAAUGGCUACGAUGACUGCGGGAAUGUUUGCGGCCGUGUCACUCCGUCUCAUCCCGAAUUCCAAUGCCUGGAUAGUAAGAAUGGUGACAACACGAAGAAUCCGUACUUGAAGAUCACCAUGGAUGAAAGCGGUGUGAAAAAACGCGAAUGCACAAACAAUUGCACCGAUCAACAUAUGGUAUUCCUGAACCGUUGUGUGCCUAAGGAUAUAUCUGAAACAAUCACUUCUCUGAUUAAUAAGCUCGGUUUGGAUAAUUUUUACAAGGAGGCUUGCAGAGAUCUUACUGUUGCUUGGAGGGAGAUCGUUUACUUAUUGCUGAUCGCUUUAGGCAUUUCAGUGGCUAUUUUGAUUGCCUUCCGUUAUUUAGUACAAUGGGUCGUUUACAUGGUCCUAAUUGGUGUUAUUCUAGCUUGCAUCGGUGGUUCAACGUAUCUUUGGUUAGCCUGGUAUGCAGAAAGGAAAGCGGUAGAAGCACACAAAAUAACAGAAGAAGAUUCGAGUGAACAGUCUUACUUCAUUUAUGCAAUCACGUUGACUGUUAUUACGGUCAUCACACUUUUGAUCGUUUUAGUGAUGAGAAAAAGAAUCGCUCUCGUAAUGCAACUGUUCCGUGAAGCAGGAAAAGCUGUUUACGCAAUGCCAGUCCUUCUUCUCCAGCCUAUAUACACUUAUCUCUUGAUCGGUAUCACUGUAUGUGCCUGGAUUUAUUGCAUGCUUUGGAUAGAAAGCGCAGGAAAUAUUUACAAGAACAAGAAGAAUCACAUCCAUUUCCGGAAAGAUAGCAUUGUGAUUGCAAGUAGAUGGUACAAUAUCUUUUUCUUCUUCGUCACCUGUGAAUUCCUUCUAGGCUGCCAGCAUAUGGUUGUUGCCCUCGCUGUUGCACGUUGGUUCUUCACCAGAAACAAGAACCAACUCUCUCUGCCAGUUGCUCGUGGUUUUUGCUAUCUCACACGAUAUCACUUGGGCACGGUCGCAUUUGGUGCACUGAUUAUUGGUAUAGUUCGAUUGAUAAGAGCUAUUAUUUUAUUCGUGCAAAAUCGUCUGAAACAUUACGAUAAUGAUCUCGUACGAGUAAUAUUAUGGUGCUGCCAUUGUUGUUUCUGGCUUUUCGAAUGCGUUUUAAAGUUUCUCACCAGGAACGCUUAUAUCGAAACAGCAAUAUAUGGAUGUAAUUUUUGUAGAGGGGGUAAAAAGGCUUUCCAAGUUUUGUCCAGCAAUAUAUUAAGAGUUGCAGCUAUUAAUAGUGUUGGAGAUUUUGUCCUGUUUUUAGGAAAAGUGUUAGUAGUUACGUUAACAGUUGUUUCAGGAAUUUAUUUAAUUCAGAAGAAAGAAGGACUCCAUUAUCCAUGGAUACCAAUUGCAUUGGCUGGAGUUUUUGCUUUCAUAGUGGCGCAUUGCUUUAUUUCCAUCUAUGAGAUGAUCAUAGAUACGAUAUUCAUUUGUUUCUGCGAAGACUGCGAGAAGAAUGAUGGCAUCAAUAGGCCUUACUUCAUGAGCCGUGGAUUGAUGGAAUUUGUUGAAAAUAGCAAAAAAGCACUCCAAUACGCGAACCAUCAUGCUGCUGAGUCAUAAAGAUUCGAUUGCUCUUAUUAAACAUUUGGGAAAUGCAAGGAUCUUCAGAUUUACUAUGGCAUAAAACACACGAAAAUCUGGCGAAUGAACGUCAAUUAUACUAAAUCUUUCAGCCAUAGGCAUCAGAAUUUUCCAAAAAUAAACCAAAUGUUUUUCA